UUCGGUCGCAGUAAACUCGCGUGUGCCAGGAUGAUUAUGUGCACGAGGAGAGGGACUCGCCGUGAUCGGCCCAGCUGCUCCAAGACCGCCGGCGCGUUUUUUGAUAAGCCGGCUUACUUGCUCCAGUAUCAAGAUCAUCAUCGACGGUUUAUUCUGUUGGUGUUGCGGUUGCUUCUGUCACUGCUGUUGUUUGCCGAUAAUGCGCGUACCGACAAUCUACCUCCAGCUUCCGAGGGACCAACAUUUGCUAUGGCAAUAUCGAACGUGACCAUCCCAGUGGGGCGGGAGGCUGUACUGUCUUGCGUCGUCGAGGACUUGUCAAACUACAAAAUUGCUUGGCUACAAGUGAAUACUCAAACUAUUUUAACGAUAGCGAAUCACGUGAUCACGAAAAAUCAUCGAAUAGGCGUCACGCACAGCGAUCAUCGCACAUGGUAUCUACACAUAAAGGAUGUCCGAGAAUCCGAUGCUGGAGAUUACAUGUGUCAGAUAAAUACAGAUCCUAUGAAAAGUCAAAUUGUUUACUUACAAGUUGUUGUUCCACCUGAUAUACUGGAUUAUCCUACGAGUACAGAUAUGGUUGUACGAGAAGGCAGUAACGUGACGUUGAAAUGUGCGGCGACUGGCUCGCCGACCCCUAACAUAACGUGGAGGCGCGAGGGCAGUGAACUAAUAACUCUCGCCAAUGACCAAGGAGUGACGCAUGUGGAAGGUCCAAUGUUGAACAUAACGAGGGUCAAUCGACUACACAUGGGACCAUAUUUGUGUAUUGCGUCCAAUGGUGUACCACCAACCGUCAGUAAAAGAAUUAUGCUUAUCGUUCACUUUCCACCUAUGAUAAUGGUUCAAGAUCAAUUAGUGGGUGCUCAAGAGGGACAAGAAUUAACCAUGGAAUGUAUGUCAGAGGCAUAUCCAAAAUCGAUCAACUAUUGGACUCGAGAAAACGACGAUGAAAUCAUAGCCAACAGUGAAAAAUACGAUCCUGUUCUUAUUAAUAAUGUCUAUAAAGUUCAAAUGAAAUUAACCAUUCGUUCGGUCAGCAAAUCAGACUAUGGAGCUUACAAAUGUAUAGCCAAUAAUUCUCUAGGGAGUACCGAUGGCAGUAUCAAGCUCUAUCACAUACCAACCCCUUCAACAACGCCAACAACAACGACGACAACAAUUGCAACAACUAUUAGGACAACAUCUACCCCACCUAUACCAUAUAGAACUGAAAGAAAACAAAGAACAAGGCAAAAAAUAAUGUCAACUGCAGCUCCACGCAUUAACGACUUGGCCGUAUUUUCUAAAGCUACAAUAAAUAAAGAAGAGUCACGUCAGCACAAAGGAAAGAAUAAUGAAGAUUUCAACUCUGGUGCAAAAAUUAAUUCGAAUAACGGAAAGAAGAAUUCUAAUAGCAAGAACAGUAAUCAUGAAAGAUUAGAAGUUCAAAGAGAUAAGACAGCUCAAUCAAGAUCUUCUAUACCUGCAUCUCAUGCAUCUGUUUCGAGUCUCGAGUAUUCAAAGAAAAACUUGUUUGUUGUUGUUUUGUGUUUGUUAAUAGUCAUCACGGAGAAGCUUACUCAAACGUAGUGAAACAAGCGAAACUGAGUGGAAUGAACUUUUUGUUAAGCCCUGGCAUUGUGGGGAAAAUUAUUGCGUAGAGUAAAAACUCAUUCGUUAAUUUGCUUCGGAACUUGAGAAAGCUCCAUAAGCCCAUUGAGAAAUGAAAAUAAUAACAGUUGAAAGUGAAAAUCUAACAUAAAUUGUAAUAUAGCAUGCAUUUGAGUGUAUGAAUGAAAGUUAUUACAUUGUAAAUAAGUGUUUUAAUGAUAUAAUACACGUUAAAUUUCUAUACGCCAUGAAUUAAAUUUUUUAAUUAAAUAAAAAAAAUAUUAAUUUAAAAAUAAAUACACACUUGUCAAAAAUCAAACACGAGUCUUACUCUGAUCUUACAAUUGAAAAUUGCAUAUCGGAAGUACUAUUUAAAUUACCAGAGCAAAUAAAGUUUGAAAAGGAAUUUUGAAGUAUGUUUUAUAUACAUUUUAUACUGUUGGUUAAUAUUCAAUAAAUUCAGUAGGUGCUAAAGAAUCUGUUUUUGUCGAAAAAUUAUUAAAUUUUGUAUACGUAAACUUAUAAAAUCUACUGUGAUGGAAAGUUCAUUAUAAUUUUAUAAAGUAUACGAUCAAAAUAAAAUAAAGUCCUGAGAAACAAUAA